AUUUCUGGAAGGAAAGAAUGAAACUCCUCUGUCCAACUGUCCAAGACAGUUCGUAAGAUCUGUUUGGCUGCUUUCAAUGUGGGACGUGCAGCGAGUCCUUAUGGAAAAGUAAUACUGGUAGUUGAAAACAAUCAUUGAAUAGAAGAUUCCGUAUUCAGAAGGCAUUCUCAUCGGAGGCAGCAAUCAUUUGAACGAUUCAGUUUGUUGUCCCAGUCCACCCAGUCAACUGAGUCUGUCCUCCACUACAGCAGGAGUCCAGCUUUCACAACGAAAAACUGUAAAGUAAAAAAUAAUUUCGUUUGUAGGAGACGCUCACACACGUACACACGCGCGUACACCACAAUUUGCCCUGCCGCGGCGCUCGAAGCAUCGAGGAAAGUUCGCUUGGUAGAUCUACUGGCUUUACGGAGUGUUCCAGGUCUGGAUAGGACCGCAGCGCUACAGUAGGACCAUGCCGGGACCGAAGUCGCUCUUUGGUAAGAAGACCAGCUUCGUGCCGAAGAAGAGCGCACCAGCACGACGCUCCGCGUCGCUGACCAGUUUGAAUCGCCUGGACGAGAGCACGUAUUCGGCGGCGGACUUGAAGGGCCACUUGUCGGCCGACCCCGAGUCGUCGAGCAGGGGGGUGGUUCGCCUGAGGCUGGGCGACAGCGAGCUGGCGUUCGAUCGAGAAGAGGGUACCUGGUUCCUAGAAAACUCCAGUGGAGGCGGUGGAAUGACACGCGGUGCAGUCAAGGAGCUGGCACGUCUUCGCAAACAGAACGUUCAGCUAGCCGAAGAGAACAACUUGCUCAAGUACAAGCUGGAGGUGAUGGUGGAUAUGCUUGUAGCCAGUAACGCCGAUGCCAAUGCACAGAGCCGGGACCUGCAGACGCUGAGAAAGCGCAGCUAGCCAGUGUGCGUGCGUGCAUGCCUCUUCACACACCACCUACCAGUGUAUGACACUGACGACAAUGGUUCUGCUGCGACCCAAGAUGGGGCCCGUUUCAUCAGUGCAGUUCGAGUUUUGAGCAGCCGGCCCCUCUAAUUCUCAAUGUCCCACUGGUGUACAUAUACAUAUAGAUGUUCAGCGGACUAUAGUUUUGGCUAGUUGUACUAGUUGGCGGGUAUAAAUUUUAGAUCCACUCGUGCAUGUAUGUUCCGUAGCUGCAAUUGCGGGACUAAAACCGUUGGCUGAAGGUGUGUAGUAGCUGACCUCCUUGAGAACUUUGUGUGCAGGUAGGGUUGCCGCGCUGAUUGCAGUGCGAUCCUGGCAGGCGCAUGCAACCGUGUGUGUGUGUGUGUGUGUGUGUGUGUGUGUGUGUGACGUGUGUGUGUUUGUGUGUGUGUGCGCGCGCGUGUGUGUGUGUGUGUGUGUGUGUGUGUGUGUGUGUGUGUGUGUGUGUGUGUGUGUUCAGCAUUCCACUGUGUGCCUAUUCACUCAUAGUAUGAUGCAGGGAGCGAGCAUUUUCUUGUUCUGUAGUUGAGAAUCACUUGUGCUUCGAUAACAUAAUAAUUAUUAUUAUGAUUUCUUCCAACAGUCA